AUGGACGAGGAGAAUCCAGUCAUUGUCGGGGUUUGUUUGGUUGAUUUCCAUCAUACAAGAGGACCGGAAACUGAAUACUGGUGUAGCUCGCCAGAGGGUGCGGACGAGUCGACUCUGUGGCCUAACUUGCCGUUCCAGGCUCUUCCUGACGGCUCGCAUUCUUUCCAGGAGACGUUUACGUAUUUUACGCUGCUGUUCAAUGAAAAGAAGAGAUGCAGUCCCGAAAAUGGGGCUUGUGAGUUGCCAGAAGAUGAAUUGGAAGAUUACACGACCUAUUUUGCUAUUUCAUGCUCGAGACAAAUUCGUAGCGACGACUUGAUUCAGAAAGAUGAUGAUAUUACGAGAUCAACAGUCCAGAAGGCAAUCGUGGUCAUUUCAAGACAACCCAUAUUCGGUCAGAUAAAGGAUAAACUCAGCUUGGUGACCAACGCAUUCUUUCUUCAGCGAGAUUUUUCCGAUAGGAGCAUAAUAAGUUCGCUUCACGAGAAUUUGGUGUCUAUGUUCAGGAACCUGCCCAAUAACCCUCAGGACGGGCAACUUUACGUCGGCCUGUCAUUGCGUAAGAUCAUUUUUGAUUUUGGGAAAGACGUUCUGGUACUGCUGAAGGCUAUGUUACUGGAGAAACAGAUUAUAUUCUACGGUAACAACGUUGAAGCGCUGUGCAACCUGCAGUUUGGACUUAUAAGCCUCAUACCGAACCUGCUAUCAAGUCUUCAAAGUAGCGGCAGCCCGCAAUUACUGGCAUCUCGAGAAGCCCUCUGCGUGGCAGAUUCGUUCAAAUCCAGUGAUCGACAGUCGGUCCUGAAGUUUAUAGGGUUUCCAUUACGAAUAUUCGAGAAAGGGGGUCUAUUCUCUCCCUAUACGCCAUUGCAACAGAUGGAUGACAUCAAAUCAAAACAUACGCAAUUCUUUGUCAUGGGCAGUUCCAAUUCGCUGCUUGUCGAGCAAAAAACGGAACUGUGCCAUCUUUUCGUGGACGUCGACGCCUGCACGUUAGAAAUCAUUGAUAAAUCAUUGCAUCCCAUUCUACAUUUGACAUCUCAUGAUAAAAGGUGGAUUGAUUCGAUUCAUGCGCUGGUUUCGCAAAGCUGGAAUCAGAAUGAUCUCUAUACUCCAAAGAACUCGCAGUUCGAAGGAAGCGAAGACUUUAUACGCUGGCAAUUCGAAGAAUAUUUAACUGGGAUGCUUUCAAGUGCGAAAUUGAGUGAGUAUCUGGCCACCUAUUCGGACGAUAGUAUGGCUGUGCAGUCGAUACCCGAAGAACUGGUACGGUCUAACCCCAUGCAGCCGUUUAAUAGCGCCUGGGUAUCCAAGUGGACCCAAACCAAGAAUUAUGGCUUGUUCCGAAAUUACACAGACGACAGGAUAUUUGAUGUCUUUUCUCCAAAGCAUCCAUACAGCGGUCCUGAUACUAUCACAAUUUUGCAGCAGAAGUUAGCCGCGACAUUCCAGAAUUUCAAGAAGAGUGGUCUAGAUGUUAAUAAGGACAGUGAUGCUCAAGGCACUAAGCAACGAUCUGAUUCAUUACUAGAAUCGGUUAACAAGGAAACUUUGAAGGGGCCUGGUGCUGGAGACAAGGACCAAAAUUUUUGGUCGUCAUGGAAAGAUUACUUUAACACAAAGAGAAAGGUUAAGAAAAAGGAGGAGGACGUUGUGAAGGCUACUCAACACCUAAAUAAUGGCAAUUCAACUGUAGAAGCCAUCGGAAGUGCAUUGGUUGGCUUGGGUUUGCACUAUAACAGUGCACAGGAGGAGGAGUAUGAUUAUGAUACUGAAGAUAGCGACUUCGAGAAGUCGCGUAAGGACAGCAGUAUAAGCAUUAACCCUGGCGGUAAUGAUCACCCGGCGUGA